UAAAUUUCAUAGCUGCCUAGCCUACCUUACAUGUAAAUAAAAUGGAUCGGUCAAGUAAAAAGGGGUCCAAAUUCGCCUGUUGUUUCCCUGUUAUCCUUGACCGAUCCAUGAAAAGCAGCUUCAAGCUAUCUAAGAGUUCUUCUGAUAAGCUCAAUAAAAGCAAGAGCUCUAUCUGUUCACCAACAUCUCUAUCCAUGAAGAAAAAGGACCAGGAAAACAAUCACCUGGUUGUUUGUUUCGGGGAGUUGUUGAUUGACUUCGUUCCUACUGUAUCUGGAGUUUCACUUGCAGAAGCGCCUGGUUUUAAGAAAGCUCCUGGUGGAGCUCCAGCUAAUGUUGCAGUUGGUAUAGCAAGAUUAGGAGGUUCUUCCGCCUUUAUUGGCAAGGUGGGUGCAGAUGAAUUUGGUUAUAUGUUAUCUGAUAUAUUAAAACAGAACCAUGUCGACAAUUCUGGCAUGCGUUUUGAUACUCAUGCAAGGACAGCAUUAGCAUUUGUCACAUUGAGAGCAGAUGGCGAGAGAGAAUUCAUGUUUUUCCGCAAUCCAAGUGCUGAUAUGCUUCUUACAGAGGCAGAGCUGGACAAAGAUCUCAUUCAAAAGGCAAGAAUCUUUCACUAUGGGUCAAUCUCUUUGAUUGCGGAACCGUGUAGGUCAGCUCAUCUUGCAGCCAUGGAGAUUGCCAAAAAAGCAGGCUGCAUUCUCUCUUAUGACCCAAAUCUAAGGUUGCCCUUAUGGCCAUCCGCAGAUGCUGCUCGUAAAGGCAUCUUGAGCAUUUGGGACCAAGCCGACGUUAUUAAGGUAAGUGAAGACGAAAAGUUCAACAUUCUUAACACGAUGGUAGAACGACGCCGUACGACGUACAGUAGUGGGUAGAUGACUAACGCUUUUACCGACCAACCUUAAGCUUUUGCUGGUAAACCGAGGGGAGAAAGUUGCAAGAUACGUAUACUAA